AUGCGUUCUAUAUUCUUGGGAUUGUUUAGCUAUGGGAUUGAUUGGUUUGGAGACCUGACUUCGGAGUUCAGACCCUCGCUACUUUCUGUUUUGCCAGCUACUGCAAAUAUUCUUCGCACGAUUGAAGGAGGUUCUGCAGAAAGAUUAGAUGAGGUGACACUGUUGUUGCCAGAGGCUUUUAUUACUGAGGCCUAUUUAUACCUCUACAACCAUGCUGAAGAAAAAAUAUUUGCACCUGUUGGUCCAGGUGGUUCAGGAAAAAGUAGUAGUCUUUCCAUCAAGGAUUCUAUCGCCCCAGUUUCAGCGGUUGCAGUUUUGGUUGGCGUGGAAGCUCUGCCAUUGUCCUUGGAUGGCAUACAUCACGAGUGGCAAAAUGGUAGGUGCCUAUGGGUCCUUCCGAUUGCCUUAGAGCAUGCGAUGUAUAGGUGA